AUGGAAGAGAUUAAUCAUUUUAGUCAUAAAAGCCAUCCAUUAAAGCUGGUCAACGUAGAGAUGAUUCUAGGUGCUAGUAUCCACAGCCAUGGUGCGGAUGAGAAACCAGGUGUAAUUGGUUGCUAUGCAUGUCAAAACCCAAUAUCAAGUGGCUUUGUAUAUGGAUGCAUCCAAUGUCAUCAUUUUAUGCAUACAAAAUGCUCACAAGUUGCGCCCAUUCUCGAUCUUCCUUCCAUAUACGAGCAUCCUCUAACAGUAUUCGAUUUCGGAUAUGAAAAAUCCAAUCAUUGGUCGUGUUAUGUUUGUCGUAAUCAACAUAAAAUUAAGGGGUUUUGUUAUUUCUAUAGCAAACCUGAGUACAACAUUUUAUUUAAUGCUUGCAUCAAUUGUUGUCUUGUUGAGAUUUCUCGCAAGGCAGAAGCUAAUGCUAUCAAGGAGGAGGGAAGGAUCAAGAUUGAACACGAAUGUCAUCCACAACACACUUUAACCCUCCAAUUAAGACCUGGUUCAUUUCGGUGUGACUUUUGGAUCCACGAGACUUGUGCUUUCUUAGACACUUCCAUUAAUCUACCCCAUCAUCAUAAUCACCCACUCUUUCUCGUCUAUUCGCUUCCAGAAAAGUUCUUUAAAUUCGCGUAUUAUUGUGAAAUUUGCAGCAUAUACAUCCGACGGAAUGACUGGUUGUACCAUUGUGCAAACUGUAGAUAUUUUGUCCAUAUUAAGUGUGCCUUAAAUGCAAAGUUCUCUUCUACCACUACAAGAGAGGGUCCGAGUACUUCUACAAUUGAUGAGGAUGAAAAUGGUUUGCUACAUUUUCCCAUGUCAAACGAAUUUACAGAUCCAUUGAAGCUACUACAUAUUAAGAAGUUAACUCAAGAAAAUGAUGAAACAACUAAUAGUGUCCAUUGGAGUCAUGAACAUCCAUUAGUCCAUCAUGUUCAACCUCAACAUCAAGCUAACAACAUGCCUAGUUGUAGUGAUCCAAUAGAGGUAUGUUUCGGUUGUGUACGGCCCCUAUCCCUUCCAUACUAUACUUGUAAAGAUGGAUGUUCGUUCUCUCUCCACAAAUAUUGCGCCAAGUUACCACUCAAAUUACAACAUCCACUUCACCCAAAUCAUUCUCUUGACUUGAUAAACAUAUGGGUUCAAAAUAUUUACCAUAGAUGCAAUGGUUGUGGUAGCUUUGGCAACACGUUUUUAUAUAGAUGUGAAACUUGCAAGUUUAACCUCGAUGUCAACUGUGCAUUUCUACCCAACACCAUCAAACAUAAAUCCCACAAGCAUCCACUUAUGCAAGUUAUAGAUCUUGAACCUCUUUGUAACGCAUGCAACAUGUGGUCUAAUAAUAUGAGUUAUGCUUGUAGGGAUUGCAAAUUCAUAUUAGACAUGUAUUGUGCAAUGAGAUCGCCAUAUUCCCUUGGUCAUAGGUAUUGCAAAGGACAUGAAAUCCCAUUGACAUAUCCCCCAGUCAUGGAUCAUCCUGAAGAUUUAUUUUGUGAUAUUUGUGAGAAUGAAAUGCAUCCCAAGUUCCCCCUCUAUUAUUGUGGUAAUUGCAAAAAUUCUUAUCACUGUUUCUGCAUUAAUCGAUUUAAGCGUUUUGCAAACGUUUUCCAUGAGGGCACAUUAAAUGUUCUAUAUCAUAAACAUCCAUUAACGUAUAUCCGAAGAAAGAAGACGCCCAAAUAUUUUACCCAUAUCAAGUGUGCCUUAAAUGCAGAACAACCUUAUAUUCCAAGAUAUGGUUCGAGUACUUCUUUGGUUGAUGAGGAUGAAAACGGUUUGGUGUAUUUUCCCAUGUCAAAAGAAUUUAUAGAUCCAUUGAAGCUACUACAUAUUGAAAAGUUAACUCAAGAAAAUAAUGAAACAACUAAUAUUGUCCAUUGGAUUCAUGAACAUUCAUUAAUCCUUCAUUUUCAACCUCAAGCUAAUAGUAUGUCAAGUUGUAUUGUUCCAAUAAAGGUAUGUCACGGGUGUGUACGACCCUUUUCCCUUCCAUACUAUAGUUGGAUGUUCAUUAAAUAUCCAUAA